AUGCGCGUACAUCUUUUUUGUGUGGUCUUUUGCACUUUGACUUUUGUGUUGGGCAGUGGAGCUUUGCAGCCUGCCGCACUUGGUGAUGUCGUUGCAAAUGCUGCAAGCAGUCUCAACUCUAUGAAGGUGACUGGAGCAUGGAGGCGACUAUCAAGUACAGUUAGCGAAUCGGAGGGCCUCAAACACGCUUUUCGUCGACUACAAAAUGUACCACAACGGGCAGUUAGACUGGUCCACGCUUUGGUGGACCGCAUGCGAGUCGGUGGUGGACCAGUGGUGGAGACCCGGCUGGGUCUUUUGCGAGGACGAAGAGUGAUCGCUAGGACAACUCUACAAACACCUUACUAUAGUUUUAAGGGAAUAAGAUAUGCAGAACCACCGCGAGGUUCACUAAGAUUUCGUCCUCCAGCGCCACUUGAACCCUGGACGGGUAUUCGCGAUGCCGUCGAGGAAGGUUCAGUGUGCCCACAUAGAUUCAUGCUCUUCGACACUUAUAAGGGAGAUGAGGAUUGCCUGUUCCUUAACGUGUAUACGCCUGCCUUGCCAGAUAAACUUUCCGGAUACAAUCCACAACUACCAGUAAUGGUGUGGAUCCAUGGCGGAGCCUUUGCAGUUGGAUCUGGCAACGCCUUCCUUUAUGGUCCGGACCAUCUCGUGGGAGCUGGAGUUGUUCUAGUGACAUUGAAUUAUCGACUUGGGGCACUUGGAUUUUUGAGUUUGGAAAACGAGGAAGUGUCAGGAAAUAUGGGCUUAAAGGAUCAAGUGAUGGCUCUAAAAUGGGUUCAGGACAACAUUGAAUACUUCGGCGGUGAUCCAAAUCGUGUUACCAUAUUUGGCGAGUCCGCGGGAGCGGCGUCUGUGCAUAUGCAUAUGCUGUCUCCAAUCUCUAGGGGUCUGUUCCAUGGUGCGAUUGCGCAAAGCGGAGUAGCCAUAUCGCCCUGGGCCCUGGCUAAGGAUCCCAAGAAGAGAGCUUUUGACCUUGGCCGCGAGCUUGGCAUUGACACAAACAAUACUGCUGAACUUCUAGGAUACCUCCGAGCCACACCUAGCGAGCUGUUGGUCAAGGCUGCAGCAAGGAUAUUCGGCGCACCAGGAAAAACCACAGAUUUGCAGAGCACCAUCGCAUUGCCGUUCCUACCGACUGUAGAACCGGAAAUUCCUGGGGCAUUCUUCACACAGCUGCCGAAAUCUUAUCUCCCGGGUGCAGAUGUGCCUUUCAUGACUGGAUACAAUGCGCAAGAGGGGAUUUUACUCUUACGAAGACUCCAACGGUACCCUAAGUUAUUGACCGAGUUAGAAAAUGAGUUCCAGCGAGUGGUUCCUCCGGAAUUAAUGUCCUCCGAUGCUCAGAAGGUGGAGAGGGUUGCAAGGCAAAUACGAACAUUCUACUUCCAGCAGCGGCCUGUGGACAUGAGGAAUAUCGACAGUCUUAUUGAUCUCUUCACUGACAUAAUGUUCUUGAGGCCGGCUUUGGAUACGAUACGACUUCGAGCAAAUUCGACACUCACGAGUCCCACUUAUUUCUACCGUUUCGCCUUUGACGGCGCCCUGGGGCUGUUCAAACGAAUGUUGGGUAUAACGCAUCCUGGAGCCUGUCACGGUGAUGAACUGGGCUACCUGUUCUACUUCUCCAGAUUGAACUACAGACUGGACGGUGACUCGCCAGAAUUAAUGGUCUCCAAGAAAAUGGUUCAAAUGUGGACUAACUUUGCAAAAACCGGGACCCCGACUCCGCCUGUGGACUACCAGUCGGUAGUUGACUUCAAUUGGAAUCCCGUGAACAGCACACAACGCAUCAACUACCUCGACAUAACAGAUAAGGGUAAUUUCCAUCAAGGAAGUGAUCCAGAAGCCAGCCGAGUUCGCUUCUGGGACUGGCUGUACGACAAUGAUGUUUAA